CGCACCAUGAGACAGGGCACCGGCACCGGCGGCAGGCAGGAGGCGGGCAGCGUCCCCGGCUCCUCGUCGGCGAGGAAGAGUUUGCCGGCUCCCGAGGCCGGCCUCCUGCGCGGCUGGAGCAGCGGCGGCCGCUGCCGCAACGGCACCGGGAGGCACCGGAAAAGCGGCGGCAUCCAGCUCGGCGGCACCAGCACCGGCGGCGGUUCCCGCGCCCAGGUGGCCACCGCGGACAGCAGCAGCAGCGGCGGCGGCGGCGGCUGGGGCUUCCCCGCCGCGCUCCCGCAGCACCGGCACCCCAGAAAAAACUGCUUAGACAAUCUAAUGGAUGAAGAUGAGAAAGACAGGGCAAAGAGGGCUUCGCGUAACAAGUCUGAGAAAAAGAGGCGUGAUCAGUUCAAUGUUCUCAUCAAAGAGCUCAGCUCCAUGCUUCCAGGCAACACUCGCAAAAUGGACAAAACUACUGUGCUGGAAAAAGUCAUCGGCUUUCUGCAGAAACACAAUGAAGUCUCAGCACAGACGGAGAUUUCUGAAAUUCAGCAGGACUGGAAGCCUUCAUUUCUCAGCAAUGAAGAGUUCACCCAGCUGAUGUUGGAGGCAUUAGAUGGCUUCAUUAUAGCAGUAACCACAGGUGGAAGCAUCAUCUAUGUGUCUGACAGCAUCACGCCUCUUCUAGGGCAUUUACCGUGCGAUGUCUUGGAUCAGAAUUUGUUAAACUUCCUCCCAGAACAAGAACACUCAGAAAUUUAUAAGAUGUUAUCUUCUUGUAUGCUUAUGACAGAUUCUGCCUCAUCAGAUUACCUAAAGACUGACAAUGAACUAGAGUUUUAUUGUCAUCUUCUGAGAGGAAGUUUGAACCCAAAGGAAUUUCCAACAUAUGAAUACAUAAAAUUUGUAGGAAAUUUUCGGUCUUACAGCAAUGUGCCUAACUCCUCUUGCAACGGCUUUGAUGAGGCUGUCCCAAGGGCUUACAGAACAUCCCCAGGAAAGCAGAUCUGCUUUGUUGCAACUGUUCGUUUGGCAACACCUCAGUUUUUAAAGGAAAUGUGCAUCGUAGAAGAACCUCUAGAGGAAUUCACAUCAAGACACAGUCUGGAGUGGAAAUUUUUAUUCCUGGAUCACAGAGCACCGCCGAUUAUCGGAUACUUGCCUUUCGAAGUGCUGGGUACUUCUGGCUACGACUAUUACCACAUAGAUGACCUAGAGCUGCUAGCAAGGUGCCAUGAACACUUGAUGCAGUUCGGCAAGGGGAAGUCAUGCUGCUAUCGGUUUCUGACCAAAGGACAGCAGUGGAUCUGGCUCCAGACCCAUUACUACAUCACCUACCACCAGUGGAACUCCAAGCCAGAGUUCAUUGUGUGCACUCACAUGGUGGUAAGUUAUGCAGAUGUUCGGGUGGAGAGGAGACAGGAGAUGGGCUUGGAAGAAGUGUCCUCAGAGGUGGUGUCCUCAGCACUAAAGGAAAGUGGCACCAGCUUGGAUCCUGAACAGCACUUUAAUGCACUUGAUAUUGGUGCCUCAGUCCUCAGCGCUAGUCGGACACCCUCAGUAUCAUCCAGGAGCUCACCAAAAUCUUCCCACACGCCCAAGUCAGACCCAGCAUCUACACCAACAAAGCUGAUUACGGAGUCUAACACUCCCUUGCCAAGAACACCGAGCACACAGCAGGAUUUAUCUGUGCAUAGACUCAGCCAACCUACUGCUCUUCAGGUUUCUUUGCCUUCUCAGCUUCCAUGUGAGCUUCUCCCACAGCAGUUGCUGCCUCAAGCAACUCUGCAAAAUCAGCCUGCACCUCUGGCACAGUUCUCAGCACAAUUCAGCAUGUUCCAGACCAUCAAGGACCAGCUAGAGCAGCGGACACGGAUCCUGCAGGCCAACAUCCGGUGGCAGCAGGAAGAGCUCCAGAAGAUACAGGAGCAGCUCUGCCUGGUCCAAGACUCCAGCGUACAGAUGAUCUUACAGCAGCCAACAGUGUCCCUGAGCUUUAGCAAUACUCAGCAGCUGGACCCACAACAGCUACAGCAGAGGUCAGGGACUCUUUCUCAGCAGCAGCUUGUCCCCAGUUCUCAACUUCAAGGACAAAUUACAUCUUCACAAACAACGAACCAGCAGUCACUGAGAGAAGCAAGUGUGAUAUCAAGCCAGGUAAUCAUUUCUUUGAACAGAGAAGCAUUUAGAUGGAAAGGAGACACUGAGCUGUUAUUAAGCAAGCGAGUAAAAUCAUGUCAGUCCUGUAACUGUGCCUUAGCCUUCCCUUUCUUAUUCUUCUGUAUACCGACAGCCUAUGGCCCGAAGGCGGCGCGGAGCGCGGAGCUGGCGCCGGGCGGCGGCCGCGCCCCGCCCCGCGCCGCGCCCUUCGCCGCGGAACAACAGAUAAUAAUGGUGGAAAAUGUGAUUUAUGAGGCGUACGUCCGGCACUCAGAUCAUCCCAGAGGGCGGGCGCUGCGCCAGCCUCGGCCUGGCAGUGCCCAGGAUGCGCCUGGCACAGCAGCUGGCAGACCUCCUCACACUCAGCCUGGUGCCGUGCCUGUGGAAAUGCCGCUUCUCUGCACAGUGUGGGAUUUGUAUGGUCCUUCUCUUCCAGCAACGUCUUUUUCUUUUUUUCCUUCAUGUGCCAGAUUGUUGCUUAGCCAGCCUAUUCAGCCCAUGAUGCCUGGGUCCUGUAAUGCAAGACACCCUUCAGACCUCAGCAUGGCGGGAUCUCAGGCCAAGUAUUCUCAAACACAACAAAUGUUUCAAAGUUUGGAAGUGCAGACUUCCAGCAGCAGCUCUCCAAUCAUACUGAUGGGACAAGCAGUGUUAAACCAAGGGUUCACCACUACUCCUCCUUCCCAGCCAUCCUCUUUGCCACCUAUGCAACUCCAGCACCAACAGCAUCAGCAACAACGCUACCUGCAGGUGCAAACACCAAGUUCUUUGCACAAUGAACAACCCGAUUCUUUGCUCCUGCCAUCUUACUCACCACAGCAAGGAAAUAUGGGGUAUCAUCAGACACAGCAGCAGCAGCAACAGCAACAACUAACAUCGAGAAGAAGGAAUAGUUUAUCAGAAUCAUCAAAUUUACCACAGCCACUGCGAUAGAGUCCCACCAGCACAAUCAAUGCACGAUUAGCUUUAACCAAUGGGCACAUGGGGCAGAAGAGAAUGACUGUGUACUUACUGUUCUGGCUUUUGCACAAGCAUUUCUUUCCAAGCUCUACAACAGAAGUACACCCAGAGUGCAGAUGCCACAGACAGUGCAUUCAGGGCACACUGGCUUCCGUUUGCGCUGUGUUGUGAGCACAGGAUGCACUGGCAGAGCAAAAUAAAAACAGGCACUGUCCUGUGCAGCCUCCAUCACCACUGGGAGCACGGGAAGAGGUGUUCAAUCCUGGUGUGUCACUCUGGAAGCCAUCUGGCAAUUCUAAAAGACUGUCGACAGACUCAUGAGGUACUUGGCCUUCACUGUUUCAGUUCUUCUUUUGUGUAUGAAAAGCACUGCAUCAAAGGUCUAUCGAGGAGAGAACAAGAGAUUAUUUUUAUUAUGAUUAUUGUUAUUAUUUUGCACAACUGCACAGAUGAAAAAACCUAGGCACUUUCUGUAAAGAGAAGUUUGUUUCUUUAUUCUUGUGGCCAAAUUAGCACAUCCAAUGGAGGAAAAAGCCCAGCCAUUGGUGAAGAUGGUCUACAGCUCAUAACCCUUGAUUUAGAAUCUGAAAAGUAUUAUGCAGCUUACCCUAACUGUUCUUCAUUACUACAAACCAACCAACCAACCAAAAAAACAAACCCACAACCCACACUGGACUGUUUCCUACAUGAUUUGUGAUUGCAAAGGAGAACUCAAAUUGUAAGCACAAUCAUGCAAUUCUCCAGUAGUACAACAUGAAUCCUUCAACCUAAACUAACCCACUCCAAGUCUCUGAGAAAUAUGCACUGUGUUUUGGCCCACUGUCUUGGGAUGCUGCAGACUAUUACAUAUCUCUUUCAUUAUAACAUUUAGGAUUAAAUUUUCCUUUGGAUGAAAAAAAAAAGAAAAUGCACUUUUCGCUUUUUUUGUAUGUUUUCCGUUGAUAUGUUUCUAAGAAAGAUUUUAUGUAAUUAUUAAACAAAAAGUAGUGUAUUGUACAGCUGUUGUAAUAAUGACCUAUUUCUAUAUAAAAUAAAAUUAUAUGGAAUUAUGUGGAAAUUAUUUUGUAUAUGAAAUAUCAACUCAUUUCACAAGUAUAAAGAUUGUGCUUGUGCUUUUUUGUGAGUGGGUAUUUUGUAAUAAACUAAUGGAUUAGAAAUGUUUUUGUGAAGGGAACUACUGUUUCAUGCUAUAUACAACUCAAGCUAUUAUUUUUUUCCAUUUAAUGAUGGACAGUUGUCUUUAUUUGUAGAAUAAAAUAAAAUAGCCAAAAGGCUUUAUUGCAGGACUUGCACACA